AUGGUAGUUGGGGCGGGUGGCGGAGGCAUAUAUAUCUACAACCUGGAAGAGGUUCCUGUCACCCACAGGCGCCGAUUCAACAUCAUCUCGCCGGAGACGGAGAAGUCGUUUGGGGUCCAAGCAUACGAUCAAACACUACAGCAAUUUCAGGGCAGGAUCUUGCCAGCCGACCAUCCUUAUACCCAAAUGGUAGGUAGGGUAGUUGAGCGACUUCUCCCAGCCACGGGGGGCCUGGCAGGCGACGAAUGGCGUGUCCAUGUUGUUGAUUCGCCCGAGGAACAAAAUGCCUUUGUCAUGCCUGGAGGCAAAGUCUUCGUCUUCACCGGUAUCCUGCCUAUUUGCGGCGACGAGGAUGGUCUAGCCGCAGUUUUGUCCCACGAAAUUGCCCACAACGUUGCUCAUCAUGCAGCAGAGAGAAUGUCCCGUGGCGCCUUUGUUAUCCUUACUGCCGCUCUGAUCUCCAUGGUCUUCGACGUUGGUGGACAGCUCGGUAACACAAUCGCCGACUUGUUCUUCUCACUCCCCAAUACCAGAACCCAAGAACUUGAGGCUGAUCAUAUCGGUCUUCUCAUGAUGGCAGAGAGCUGCUACGACCCACAGAGUGCCGCGAACUUAUGGUCUCGAAUGAAGGAAGCAAAUCCUCAAGAGCCACCUCAAUUCCUGAGCACCCAUCCAUCUCACUACAAUCGUCGAGAUGCCAUCGUCAAAUAUCUUCCGGAAGCACGCGAGAAGUUUGAGGACAAAGGAUGCAGCGCUGUAAAUGUUCAUCGCGGUUCCUUUAUAGAUGCAUACAAGGCAUCUCAGCGCUCGACUAAGGGAUCCAGACAAAUUCCGAUGAUGCCAUCAAGACAGGGCUCUCAAGAUGACGACGAUGACGACUUUUUCUAG